AUGGCUACUACUUUGAAACCAGAAACCCACGUCAAGAAGGCUAAGGCUGACCAAAAGACCAACGAGCAACGUGCUGCCGAAAAGAAGGCUAGACAAGCUGCCAACAAGGAAAAGCGUCAAAUCAUCUUUGACAGAGCUGCUGCCUACACCAAGGAAUACGCUGAAGCUGAACGUUCCGUCAUCAAGGCUAAGCGUGACGCCAAGGCUGCUGGUUCUUACUACGUCGAUGCCCAAGACAAGUUGGUCUUCGUCGUCAGAAUCAAGGGUAUCAUGAAGAUCCCACCUAAGCCAAGAAAGGUCUUGCAAUUGUUACGUUUGACCCAAAUUAACGCUGGUGUUUUCGUCAGAUUGACCAAGGCUACCGCUGAAUUGAUCAAGUUGGCUGAACCAUACAUUGCCUACGGUUACCCAUCUUUGUCUACCAUCAGAAAGUUGGUUUACAAGAGAGGUUACGGUAAGAUCAACAAGCAAAGAAUUGGUUUGUCCGACAACUCUAUCAUUGAAGCUAACCUCGGUAAGUACGGUAUCUUGUCUAUUGAAGACUUGAUUCACGAAAUCUACACUGUUGGUCCAAACUUCAAGCAAGUCAACAACUUCUUGUGGCCAUUCAAGCUCUCUAACCCUAACGGUGGUUUCAGACAAAGAAAGUUCCAACACUUUAUCCAAGGUGGUGACACCGGUAACAGAGAACAAUUCAUCAACGCUUUGGUUAAGCAAAUGAACUAA